AUGUCCCAGGCACUCGUCAACAACAAGCAGUACCUGGCUGCCUCGGUCCAGGCCGAGCUCAGCCGGCUGCUUUCCGACAAGGCAAAGGUCCACCUCCCCGGAUCGGAGCAGUUUGAUUACUCAAGCGCCCGGUUCUCCGAGUACGGCCGUCCGACGUACAUCGCUGCUGUCCAUCCCGCAAACGAAGCCGACGUGGCAAAGACGGUGCGCUACUCGCACAUGCGUGGCAUCGGCUGCACGGCCAGGAGCGGAGGGCACUGUGUGACCAAUUACAUGAAGAAGCUGCAGGACGGCAUCGUCGUGGACAUGCGCUUCGUCAACCACCUGUCCUACGAUCCGGAGAACGAGCUCGUCACCGCCGGCGGCGGUGUCUACAGCGGCGACUUUGCCAAGUUCAUCCACGACAGGAAGCGAGAGCUCGGCAUCGGCUCCUGCCCCACCACGGGGCUCAUCGGCGUGGCUCUCGGCGGCGGCAUCGGCCGGCUGCAAGGCAAGUACGGAUACCUGAGCGACAACAUGGUGUCGUGCAGGCUGGUGCUCGCGGACGGGUCCGUCAUCAACGUCUCGGACAAGGAGCACACGGACCUGUUCUGGGCGAUGCGCGGCGCCGGCCACAACUUCGGCAUCGUGUACGAGGCCACCUUCAAGGUCUACCCCCAGCCGCACGGCGGCAUCCACCACAGCUGGGACUUUGAGUUCGGGCGGGACAAGGUCCGCGACCUGUACGCGGUGAUGAACAAGCUGGUUCCGGACAUGCAUCCGAACCUUGCCUGCUUCUUGAUCUGGUCCAAGAAGGCCGCUUCUGGCGCCGAGGGCGUGAUCAUCCUGAACGCCGUGUGGUCCGGCCCCAAGGAGGAGGCCUACGAGUACAUCUCGCAGUUCGAAGCGGUCGGGCCCGUGGUGCCGCCGACGCUGAAGUCGGUCGAAUGGUCGGACCUGCCCUGGGUCGCGUACCAGGGGCUGAACCAGCAGUACCUGGGCAACCCGGACACGUGGAACAUCUACCCGUACAAGAUCUUCUCUGCCGUCAGCGCCAAGCGGUUCGACCUCGACGCCCUGGAGCGCCUGUACGCCGAGGUCAACGAGUUGGAGCAGAAGCACGACACCCGCAUCCUCGUCAUGUUCGAGGCCUUCUCGCACAAGCGGAGCAAGGAGAUUGCGGACGAUGCCACGGCCUUCCCGUGGCGCAACGGCUCCGACAUCUUCCUGUUGCUGCAGGUCUCGCUGAAGAAUCUCGACCGUGAGGCCGCGUCGAACGAGUGGCUUAAUGGCUGGAAGAAGAGGCUGAUCGACGUCUCGGGCUACGGCCGCCUGCAGCAAUACUCGAACUACGGCCACGGGACCAACGUGAACGAUCCCGUUGAGGCCAUGUACGGCUACGAGGAGUGGAGGCUCGACAAGCUGCGCGCGCUGAAGAGGCAGUAUGAUCCCGACAACUGGUUCCGCUGGUACCAGCCUUUCUGGCCGGAUGAGGCGGAGUCGAAGGCUUCGAGGCUGUGA